AUGUUGCGAAGCCUGGAGUCGUUUCCCAUAACUCCUCCCGGCCCACUUUUACCACCCCGGGGGACACUGGUGGAUGAAGAGAACUCGCCAUUUUAUGAUUCCAAGUCCUCCUACCCAGUUAAGCCUGAAGAUAUAUUCACCGAUCGUUAUCAAGCCUUUGUUCCACAUGAAGACGGUCGAGUGCCAUUUUCUCUACAAAGACUUGAUCCCAAUCGCGAAUUGAAUGGCACGGUUUCAUUCCUUUUGGGAGAGGAGAAGGAGGAAUUUCUGGAUCUCGUGAAGGGAAUGCUUGUCUGGAGCCCAAGUGAGAGAAAAUCUGCAGGCGAGCUGACAGAGCAUCAUUUCCUUAAACCUUGGAACUAA